AUGAUAAAUAUUUAAUCUAUAAAUUCAAGCGAAGACUCUAAUCCAUUAAGCCGAUCCAUACAUUCUUAAAGUGACAGUUCAGCUUCAAUCAAUUAGAGUUUGCCCAGCAAUUCUAAAAGCGAGAAUAAUUUGGAUAUACGAAAAUUAACUUGGGAUGAUUUUUAAGGAGUACCUCCAGAAGACGAUCCAGCCUUAGCUCAUACAAGAUGGAAAAUUGGAUAUAAUUAUUAAGUGCAUCAUGAAGCAGAUAAAAUAUAAGUAAUGGUGGAUGUUUGGUGUAAAAUUGAUCCUUCUUCUUGGACCAAAGAUAAAAAAAUCGAUGAAUUAUUGCAUCAUUAAUAAGGUCACUUUUAUAUAGGGAUGAUUUGUGCCUUGGAGUUCAAGAAGAGAGUGCAAGAAUUCUCCUUUAGUAAAGACUACAAGCAAGAAAUUUCAGAGAUUUUCAAUAAGACAUUGUAAGAAUAUUUAGAGAUGGAGAAUAAAUACAAUAUAGAGACUUUGAAUAUGUUAAAUACUGCAAAAUAACGAUAGUGGGAUAUGAAGAUAAUGAAGUAAUUGAACUCACUAUCAAAAUAUACUUGA